CCUAAUUUGAACGCGCCGCGCCGGAAGAAGGUUGGUUCGGUGGAAGAGGGUGCGGGGAAGCUCAAUCCGGGGUCCGAGGGCUCCGGUCUAAGGCGGAGGGGGCGCAUGAGCGACACCAGCGGCGGGAACCGACGAAAGGUGUUGCCAUGGUGAUGGCUGUGGAAGACAGCGUGGUUCGGGUGGUCGUACGGGUGAGGCCUCCCACCCCGAGGGAGCUAGAGAGUCAGCGGCGGCCUGUGAUUCAGGUGGUAGAUGAACGGGUGCUGGUGUUUGACCCUGAGGAGUAUGAUGGGGGAUUUCCUGGCCUAAAAUGGAGUGGCUCCCACAAUGGCCCCAAGAAGAAGGGCAAAGACCUGACAUUUGUCUUUGACCGAGUCUUUGGUGAGGCGGCCACUCAACAGGAUGUGUUCCAGCACACGACACACAGCAUCCUUGACAGCUUCCUCCAGGGCUACAACUGCUCAGUGUUUGCCUAUGGAGCUACUGGGGCCGGGAAGACACACACCAUGCUGGGGAGGGAGGGAGACCCUGGCAUCAUGUACCUCACCACCAUGGAGCUAUACAGGCGUCUUGAAGCCCGUCAGGAAGAAAAACAAUUCGAGGUCCUCAUCAGUUACCUGGAGGUAUAUAAUGAGCAGAUCCAUGACCUCCUGGAGCCCAAAGGACCCCUCACCAUCCGUGAGGACCCUGAUAAAGGCGUGGUGGUACCGGGGCUUUCUUUCCACCAGCCAGCCUCAGCUGCACAGCUACUAGAGAUGCUGACCAGGGGCAACUGCAGCCGCACACAGCACCCCACGGACGCCAACGCCACGUCUUCCCGCUCUCAUGCCAUCUUCCAGAUCUUUGUGAAGCAGCGGGACCGGGUUCCAGGACUGACCCAGGCCCUUCAAGUAGCCAAGAUGAGCCUGAUUGACCUGGCUGGCUCAGAGCGGGCAUCUAGCACCCAUGCCAAAGGAGAGCGGCUACGGGAGGGUGCCAACAUCAACCGCUCUCUGCUAGCCCUCAUCAAUGUCCUCAAUGCCCUGGCCGAUGCAAAGGGCCGCAAGUCUCACGUGCCCUACCGAGACAGCAAGCUGACCCGCCUGCUCAAGGACUCCAUUGGGGGCAACUGCCGCACCGUGAUGAUUGCUGCCGUCAGCCCUUCCAGCCUGACCUACGAGGAUACUUACAACACUCUCAAAUAUGCUGACCGUGCCAAGGAGAUCAGACUCACGCUGAAGAGCAACGUGAUCAGCCUGGACCAUCACAUCAGCCAGUAUGCCACCAUCUGCCAGCAGCUCCAGGCCGAGGUGGCUGCCCUGAGGGAGAAGCUCCAGGUGUAUGAGGCAGGAGCCCAGGCCCAGCAACAGCACCCCCCACAGUCCCCCAAGUUGAGCGUACCACAACACCUUCCGAGCUCCCCAUUACAGCCUGGGCACUGCAGCCAGUCCUACACCCCAGUACUCCACGCACAGUGUGGAACCCUUCAAGAGGAGAACCUGGAGACAGAGGCCCAGGAACAGAGGGCUGUGGACGACAAUGCUUCAGAGCAGGAGCAGUCCCUACAGGACGAGCAGUUUCCAACCCAGAUGCCAGAGCCGGACCUGCCAGGGUCGCCUAGUGUGACUUUGCAGCCGAAGCCAGUCAUGAGCCAACACUCGCCACAGAAACUGGACGGGGACCAUUUUAAGCAGUUGGCCCUCCGAGUUCUGUGCCUGGCCCAGCAACAAUACUCCCUUCUGCAGGCAGCCAACCUCCUGACUCCUGACAUGAUCUCAGAAUUUGAGACCCUGCAGCAGUUGGUGCAUGAGGAGAACACUGAACUUGGGGCUCAGAGCCCCAGGGCUCCUGGUCGGGCAAGGGGGCACCCCCUAGCUCAGGAGUGUUCAGAGUCCAAAUCUUCAGGGUACUGUGGUCCUGUCACCCGGACCAUGGCAAAGCAACUGAAUGGCCUCACGCACACUCUGGGAGUCCCACUUGGACCUGACUGCACCUCAGACAAGAUGUCCCAAAAGCCCGCCGAGGAGAGGAAGAAGAAGAGGAAACUGAGCCCCACAGAGCCGGGCAGUCCUCCAGCCCCGACUCAGGAGACGAAGCGCCAGCGCCAGUCCUUCCUCCCCUGCCUGAGGAGGGGCUCUCUACCUAAGGCCCAGCCUGCCUCUGAGCCCAGAACCCCCAGAGGAGAAAGGGCCUCCUCCCCCUCCUCCCGGGUCUGCCCAGCUACAGUCAUCAAAAGCCGGGUGCCCCUGGGCCCUUCUGCCCUACAGAACUGCUCCACUCCUCUCGCCCUACCCACUCGUGACCUCAACACCACCUUCACCGUCUCCGAGGAGUCCCCCUUCAAACCCAGCUUCCGUGACCCUGUUGGCUGGGAGCAAGUCCCCCAGGAGCUGAACUGCACAGACCAGCCCUUCAUUCCCAGUGCACCUGUGCUCAUGUUCACCAUGAAGGGCCCCAAAUCUUCUCUACCUACAACCACUGCCGGCAAGAAGAGGCGUACUGUGAGGUCUUCAGUUUCCCGAGGCCGAAGCUGCAUUGCCCGCCUCCCCAGUAGCACUUUGAAGAAGCCAGACGGACCCUUCACAGUCCCAGAACCACCCUUGAGUCCCCACUGCCUUGGUGACCAGAGGACUCAUAAGGGACUGAUUGGUGUGACAGAGUGCUGUUAACUAGGUAUCCUGACCAUGAGGCCUCCAAGCUCAUCCUGAUCCGCCAACACCUCUAGGCUGACAGCCUUCUCUGGUCUGGAGCUGCCAUGCCAUGAGCCCCUGAUCUGCCCUCUUGACCUUGGAACAAUUAACACCAACAUGCCUUGCCUGUAUUAACACCCCUCCCCAACCAUCCAUCUGCUCUUUGCCUUCUUUAUUAAUCUGUUACACUCAGCUUCUUGAUAUAUAUAUAUAUUCGUUUGUGAGUAUUAAACACAUGGCUAUAUUAAA